UUAUUAUUUCUUGCCUUUUAAUUUUUUCUUUUUUUUUCACUCUUAUUAAUAUUUUAUUAGUUUUCAGCUGGGAGCGGAGAAGAAUAAGGGGGACACGGCUUCCCCAAUCUUUACCGCCGGCGUCUUCCCCAUUCUCGUCCUCCUCCUCUUCCCUCUGCAAUCUCAACCAAUUUCAUCACCCGUUCCUAUUCAAUCCCGUCUCCGGUGUCCUAAAUCCUAAUCGCACUAUUACUCUUUGAACCAACAAGAAACCGGCAACUCAGUCCUAGUCAUCUACUCAUCUUCAUCCUCUUGUCACUCCGCCAAUUACCAGAUCUGUUCUUCCUCUGGUUUUCCCCAAUCUCUAUGCUCUUUUGCUUCUUUUGAAGCCUUCAGUGCACUGGGUUUGUCACUAAAUUGGUUUUUACCAAUUUUAGAUCUCUGUUUUUUCUCGUAUUCGGGCGAUGGGGAAAACUUCGGCGAUCCUCUACGUAUCCCUGUUUCUCAUAUUCCUAAUGCUGCUCUCCCAUUCUCCGAAGAAGCCUUCUACCCACCGCCGGCUCAAGCUCCGGACCAACUUCAAUUUCAACGAUCCCCACCACCACCACGACCCAAUCCCCUUUGACCCCGUCGUGACCCAGAUGGAGCGCCGCCUCGAGGAUCGCCGGUGGGAGCAUCACUAUAUCACCCAUUCCCAUCCCGACGCUGCCAAUGAUACCCUCUCCGCGCAGGCAGCGCCUGGCCACGAGUCACAGCCCGAGUGGGAGGAUUUUGUGGAAGCCGAGGACUACUUGAACGAUGAGGAGAAAUUCAAUGUCACCAGCAGGUUGCUGCAGCUUUUCCCCAAGAUUGACGUGGCACCUGUUGAUGGUUUCGUGACUCAGAAUGAGCUGACGGACUGGAACUUAAACCAGGCCGAGAAGGAAGUCAUGCACCGUACAGAAAGAGAGAUGGAUGUUCAUGACAAGAAUCAUGAUGGCUUUAUUUCCUUUUCAGAGUAUGAUCCCCCUAGUUGGGCUGUCAGUUCAGAUUCUAGUUCUUUUGCGCAUGACAUGGGUUGGUGGAAGGAAGAACAUUUCAAUGCAUCAGAUGCAGAUGGAGAUGGUCUUCUGAACAUCACAGAGUUUAAUGACUUCUUGCAUCCAGCGGACAGUAAAAACCCAGAGCUACUAAAGUGGCUGUGCAAGGAGGAAGUGAGGGAAAGAGAUACAGACAAGGAUGGGAAAGUCAAUUUUAAGGAAUUUUUUCAUGGACUUUUUGAUCUGGUAAGGAACUACGACGAAGAAGCGCAUAAUACCUCCCAUUCAUCUGAAGAUUCAAUGGAGGCUCCUGCUAAGGUGCUGUUUGCGCAGCUAGACAAGAACAACGAUGGGUUUCUGUCAGAUGAAGAACUGUUGCCCAUCAUCGAGAAACUUCAUCCAUCUGAACAUUACUACGCCAAGCAACAAGCAGAUUAUAUAAUAUCACAGGCUGACGGGGAUAAGGAUGGGAAACUGUCACUGGCAGAGAUGUUGGAGAACCCGUAUGUAUUCUACAGUGCGAUCUUCACCGAAGAGGAAGAAGAAGAAUACGAUCACGAUGAGUUCCGGUAAUUGUAGUUGCAGAAAUAGAGCUCACACUGGAUUUUUGUUGUUCUUGGGAGAGAAGGGGGAAAUGGGUAGAGCAGAAAUUGGAGAUGAUGGUGGUGGGGAACCUCGUCGGCUGGUGUCAGACAUCAGUUUAUUGUUGCAGGGAAUGGAGGAUCAAUGAACAGAGGGAUAGAGCGAGUAGAAGGGGUUUUAGUAUGGAGGGAUGCUCGUUGUGGAGAUCCCACUGGAAUCUUGAGAUACACGUAACUAUAUAUUUAUGUUUCUUGGGGAGGAAAAAAUUGUUAACACUUUUUGGGUUGGGGUUUGACACACACGUGUAUCUACUAGUUCUUACUUACAUUAUAUCUCAAAAGGGAAUGAAGAAUGGUUUGCUACUUGGUUUUGACUUAUAACUGGGUUUAUGCUUUCAUUAGGCGC